UUCUGAAAUCGAUUAACAAAACAGCUGAUUGUCCACAAUAACAAACAAAAAAUUCAACAAUUUAAUUUCGUAAAUUUGCGUUUUAACUCAAUUAAUAAUAUAACUAUAAUGCACCGAUCCCACCCGAGCAUUAGUCGCCGCAAGCACCUGAUGAAGGAGAUGAUGGAGGACGACUACGCACUGCCCACGGAGAACCAGCAGAUCGCGAGGGUCAUCAGCAGCCGGGGAAACAAUCUCCACGAGGUGGAAACGGCCAAGGUGGAGGAGGAAAACUUCCUAGUUUCCAUGCCCAACAAAUUCCGCAAGAGCAUGUGGGUGAAAAGGGGCGACUUCCUGCUGAUCGAACCAAUUGAAGAGGGCGACAAAGUGAAAGCCGAAAUCUGCAAGAUACUCACCCCUGAACAUGUGAAAGAAUACACAAAAGCUGGCAUUUGGCCGGACAAGUUUACCAAGAAACCUGCCCAGGAGGAAUUGUCAAGCCAAAACCAAGACGAUUCCGAUUUCGAAGAUGAUCUCCUGCCGAAUACCAAUCGUCCUGUAAAUCAAGAAUCCUCCGACGAAGAGGAAGAUGAGGAAACGUCCAGCGACGAAGACUGAAAUUCCUUCUUUAAAGUACAAAAAUUCAACCACAUA